AUGAACACCACUGCAGACAUGUCCCUGCAGAUUACUCCCUCCAAAAAGGCUGCGGCUGCAAUUGAGAGCCUCAAGAUGGGAGACUCACCUGCGAAGAAGCUCGACUUCACAUUGGAGAACAAAGAGAACGUCGAGGUCGCCGUGCCCAUCGUCGGCAUCCCGGAUCUAGACGACUUCGAAGAUGAGGAGGAGCAAGAGCCUACAGUUGCCGCCACGGACAAACCAGAGGAAGCCAUAGAGCCAUUGUUGCAGGAGAACGCUCAGCGUUUCGUGCUCUUCCCUAUCAAGUACCACGAGAUAUGGCACAUGUACAAGAAGGCCGAAGCCUCCUUCUGGACCGCCGAAGAGAUCGACCUAUCAAAGGACCUGCACGACUGGAAUAAACGCCUCAACGACGAUGAGCGCUUUUUCAUCUCUCACGUACUCGCGUUCUUCGCCGCUUCAGAUGGUAUCGUCAACGAAAAUUUGGUGGAGCGCUUCAGUGGGGAGGUCCAGGUACCCGAAGCACGCUGCUUCUAUGGCUUCCAGAUCAUGAUGGAGAACAUUCACUCCGAGACAUACUCUCUCUUGAUCGACACAUACAUCAGCGAGCCAAAGCAACGGAAGUAUCUCUUCAAUGCGAUCGAUAACAUCCCGGCCAUCCGCAAGAAAGCCGACUGGGCUCUUCGAUGGAUAUCGGACAAAAACUCCACCUUCGCGUCCCGCCUCGUUGCCUUCGCUGCUGUAGAGGGUAUCUUCUUCAGCGGUUCAUUCGCGUCGAUAUUCUGGCUGAAGAAGCGUGGCCUCAUGCCCGGCCUGACCUUCUCCAAUGAGCUCAUCUCGCGUGAUGAGGGCAUGCACACCGACUUCGCCUGCCUCCUUUUCUCUCACAUCAAGUCGCCGCCGAGCAAACAAGCCGUCACUGCUAUUAUCACCGAAGCCGUUACCAUCGAGCAGGAGUUCCUUACUGACGCUCUACCUUGCAAGCUGCUCGGUAUGAACUCAGACUUGAUGUGCCAAUACAUCGAAUUCGUGGCCGAUCGUCUACUGCUUGCCCUUGGCAACACCAAGCACUACCACGCGACGAACCCCUUCGACUUCAUGGAGAACAUCUCUCUGGCAGGAAAGACUAACUUCUUCGAGAAGCGUGUUGGCGAUUACCAGAAGGCGGGCGUCAUGGCCAGCACAAAGAAGAAUGACAAGACAGAAGGCAGCUCGCCGGCGCCGGCGGCAACAGUGUCUGGUGACUUCGCUUUCGAUGAGGACUUUUAG